GUCACUGAUAGCAACAGUCCCUUCACUGUCUUUUUUUUUUGUGGCUAACUCAGAUCAGAGAUUUCUCCCCUGCUCGAGGCUGAAGAUGCUCGACGCUGUCAUGGACGCCAUGCAGGGCUUUGGGGUGAGCACCACCCACUACCUGCAGACCAACUAUCAGGAUGCCCGGGGCUUGUUUCUCUGGGUGUCCUGGGCGGCGGACCUCAGGAACACUUUCUUCAUCUUCUUCCCACUUUGGUUUCACCUGCGGGCCUCGGUGGGCAUUAAGCUCAUCUGGGUGGCAGUGAUCGGAGACUGGCUCAACUUGGUUUUUAAAUGGAUCCUGUUUGGGGAGAGGCCUUACUGGUGGGUCCAUGAGACGGCUCAUUAUGCAAAUACUGUCCGUCCCCACAUCGAGCAGUACCCCAUGACCUGUGAGACCGGACCAGGCAGCCCCUCUGGACACGCUAUGGGAGCUGCAGGCGUCUACUACACCCUGGUGACCUCCAUCCUCGCCGUCAUGGCCACCAAGAAGAAGCAUGGAAGCAAGAAAUCCACCAACAAACAAUGGUAUCUGAAGGCUGUUCUGUGGACGCUGUUUUGGGGAGUCCAGGUGUGUGUCUGUCUCUCCAGGGUUUUCAUCGCCGCCCACUUUCCCCACCAGGUCGUUGCUGGUGUCAUCACAGGUAUGAUCGUUGCUGAAGCCUUCAACAGAACUCAGUGGAUCUACAGCGCCAGCAUGAAGAAGUACUUCUACACCACCCUCUUCUUGACCUCCUUCGCCGUUGGCUUCUACCUGCUGCUCAAAGCUGUGGGCGUGGACCUGCUGUGGACCCUGGAGAAAGCCCAGAAGUGGUGUGUUAGGCCCGAGUGGGUCAACCUGGACACCACGCCCUUCGCCAGCCUCCUGCGCAACAUGGGCACCCUGUUCGGUCUGGGCCUGGGCCUGCACUCGCCGCUCUACACCGAGACCAAGAAGAGCAGCAGCACGCUGGUCAAAGCAGGCUGCAUCAUCAGUUCUCUGUUCCUGUUGCACCUGUUUGACUCCUUCAAGCCUCCCACGCACACCGCAGCCCUUUUCUACCUGCUGUCCUUCUGCAAGAGCGCCACCGUGCCUCUGAUCACCGUCAGCAUCAUCCCCUACUGUGUGAACGGAGCUCUGAGCCUGCAGAACAAAAAGGGAGUGUGAGCAAUGAACUCAGAUUAUAAAGACUAAUUAAGUGGAAGUGCAGAGUCUCUUCCUGACCAUACAAAAAACUUUUCUCUGGUGCUUAUUACGCUCCCUUCAGGAGAAGCAGAAGAGAUCAAUGGGAUUUUGUCACUGGUGCCAUUUGGACACUGAACUCUGAGCACUGUGUGACACUAAGUGAAAGCACUAUCCAGGAUGUCCAGCGGCACUUCCAAAGACCUGUUCUGAAAUUAGAAAAAUAUGAUAAUUUCAAUUGUCUCAGAGUCCUGGAGAAGGACAAACAUUGAACACGAGUCCAGCAUGUGACUGCUUGCUUGCAGUUUCUGUGUUGAGCCUCACUUUAAGGACAAUAACAGUCACUCACAGCUUUAAUGUGUUAUUUCAAGUGUAAUAAUAAUGUAUUUUUAAAUGUUAUAGAAUGUAUUUUUGAAACAGUUUUGAAC